UCGAGGAGAGAUGAUGAUGAUGAUCAUCGUAACACAUCUCAUCAAAUUUGUUGCAUCAUGAUAAGAGCCGGUGGGGUUCUUAAUUGGGGGAACCGACCAGAGGGGGGAGGAAGCAGAAGAUGGCGAUGACGGUGAUGAUGAACAAGACGAGGGAUCUACUGGAAGAUCUGGUGAGGGAGUCGUCCUUCAACUGGGCGCUCACCCGCCGCACCUCCUUCCACGGCGACGACGAGUUCGACGAUUUGUCCCGCUCGCCCUCCGGCCGCCAGGCCACCUCGAUCGCCGCCCUGUCCCCCAUCGCUAACCUCGUCGUCGCCCGAUGCUCCCUAAUCCUUGGGGUUUCUGUGGACGAUAUUCAGCAUAAUUUCGAUGCCAAAGCGUCUGAGGCUAUAAGACGCCCCUCGCGUUACGCGAGAAAUUUGGUGGAGUACUGUUGCUUCACAACGCUCGCGCUGUCCACUCGAGUUGCGGGAUACCUCUCCGAUAAGAGCUUCCACCGCCUCACCUUCGACAUGAUGUUGGCCUGGGACUCUCCUGCAUCAAGCCCGCCUCCUUCACCUCAGGCUAAGGAGGGCGGGGAGAGACCGGUUGGUGUGGAAGCUUUUUCCCGGAUAGCACCUGCAAUUCCCUCCGUUGCAGAUGUAGUUAACUGCUCAAAUAUUUUCAAUGUGCUUACAGCCUCAACUGGAGGGAGGCUUUCUUUUGCUAUAUAUGACAAGUAUUUGCGCAAUCUAGACGGAGCAAUAAAGAAAAUGAAGACUCAGUCAGAAUCAUCUCUUCUUUCAGAUCUUCGUUUCCAUAGAGGAGAAAGGAUACUUGAUAUGGAUGGAACACUGACUGCUCAACCAGUGCUUGAACAUGUAGGAAAUUCUGCAUGGCCUGGAAGACUCACACUGACCGAUCAUGCUCUCUACUUUGAAGCUCUGAAAGUUGUGGCUUACAAUAAGCCAAAGGUGUAUGAUCUUGCAGAUGAUCUAAAACAGUGUAUCAAGCCUGAAUUGACAGGUCCAUGGGGCUCACGUCUUUUUGACAAGGCAGUCAUGUACAAAUCCAUAUCCUUAUCAGAACCAGUGUUCAUGGAGUUUCCUGAGCUCACGGGUCAUUCUCGGCGUGAUUAUUGGCUAGCUAUCAUGCGAGAAGUUCUUUAUGCACAUAGGUUUCUUAGAAAGUUCCAGAUAGAGGGUGUUGAAAAAGAAGAAAUGCUUUUGAAGGCUGUGCUGGGCAUUCUGAGAUUACAAGCUCUUGUAGAGUUAGUUCCUUCACAGAUCAUUAGAUAUGAGACAUUUUUAACAUUCAGUCUCUGUGACCAGCUUCCUGGAGGUGACCUCAUACUUGAAACACUUGCUGGUAUGAUAGCAUCAAGGAGGUUGGAACGGACUAAUGAAUCUGAUUCUGGAAGUUUAAUGCACUACUCUACAUCUGCUUUGGGUAUAUUGUCAAACCUGGGGGUUGUGUCACAAGUCUCAAAUGAUGAAAGUCUUCUUGUUGGUGAAAUGAUUGUAGGGGAGAUGACAACCUUAGAAAGAGCUGUCACACAGUCUAUGACUAAUUAUAAAAAGGUUGAGCAAGCACAGGCUACAGUUGAUGUGGUUAAAGUAGAUGGACUUGAUACCAAUUUGGCACUAAUGAAGGAAUUGCUACAUCCCGUUAUCAAACUUGGAAAUUUCCUUGUGACUUUGGCAUCUUGGGAUGACCCUGUGAAGUCGUUUGUAUUUUGCUGUGCAUCUUUUUACAUCAUUCUCAGGGGAUUGCUUGGUUUUCUACUUGUCAUGGUUUUUCUCUUAGUUGCAAUAUUCAUACUGCUCACUCGAUUUAUCAAUCAAGGAAGGCCAAUCGAUCAGGUCAAGGUGAUGGCUCCCCCAUCUAUGAAUACUAUGGAACAGCUCCUAGCAGUUCAGAAUGCAAUUUCUCAAGUUGAAGAGCUUGUCCAGAAUGGGAAUAUUACUCUCUUGAAGCUACGAGCAUUGUUGCUCUCUGUUUCUUCGCAGGCGGCCAAUACAGCUGUACUCACACUGGUUUUGAUGGCAUUGACUGUAGCCAUUUUACCAGCUAAACUGAUACUCUUCGUGAUAUUUCUGGAGAUAUUUACGAGGCAGUCGCCACCACGAAGGGCGAGCACAGAGAGGUGGGCAAGAAGAUGGAGAGAAUGGUGGUUCAGCAUACCGGCAGCUCCCGUAGUUCUUGAAAGGGAUAAAGUAGAGAAGAUGUGAAUAUGUAUAUAGUCUCUUGGCAACUGCAUCAUAAAUAAAAUGCUGUCGUCCAGAGCAACAGGAGAACGCUGAAGUGUCCGAGAAUUAGAUAUAGUAUAAUAAAGCUUAUUCCCAUGAUCA